AUGAGUGGGUCGGGUCGCUCUAGUUAUUAUACUGCCAACCCAAAGGCAGAAGAAGAGCUGGCUGUAGCUAUUAAAAAGGCUCUUUCUAUUGAUGAGUCUGCUCCCAAGCAAAAACAUGUCCGUGCUUGCAUCCUCUACACUUGGGAUGUCAAAGGUUCGGGUAGUUUCUGGACUGCUGUCAAGACAUAUCCUCUGAUGGCUGAUGAGAUAGUUAUUUUCAAGUGUCUUAUUACUAUACACAAGGUUAUUCGUCAGGGUCAUCCAAUGGCAUUGAAAGAUGGCAUCAACGAAAAUCGUUGGCUAGACCAAAUUGCUCGCAUGUCUGCUGGCAACAGUAGAGGUUAUGGCACAUUGAUUUCUGGAUAUGUAUCAUAUCUACAGAAUAAGCUGCAGUUUCACUCAAUUCAUCCCGAAUUCAGUGGUAAUUUUGACUACGAAGAGUAUGUCACUCUCCGAGGAAUCGACGAUCCCAAUGAAGGAUUCGAGACCAUUAGUGAGCUACUCGGACUUCUUGAUCAGAUUGACAUGUUUCAAAAACAAAUAUUUGUAAACUUGCGUUCCAUGGGUCAAAAUGAAGCCCGUAUUGCUGCCUUGGUUCCGCUUGUUGAAGAGAGUUUUGGCAUUUAUCAAUUUAUUUUAAGCAUGAUGACUGCAAUGCACCAAAUUAUUGGAUCUGUCGAAGUUCUUGGUCCUUUGAGGGAUAAAUUCAAACGUAGUCAUUACGGUUUGCUUCAAUUCUACGACGACUGCUCUGGUUUAAAGUAUCUCACAUCUUUAAUCUCUGUGCCCAAGCUAUCCCACGAACCACACGAUUUUCUUGCAAGUGGUAAACCUACUCAACAGCCUCGAAAAACAAACUCCAAUGAUGAUGCCGCUAAACGCGAGCGCGAGGCUGCUGAAGCCCGUCUUCGUCAGCAACAAGAAGAUGAACUUCGUCGUAAAAUGAUGGAGGAAGAGCAAGAUGCAUUGGAUCUUCAACAUCGUCAACAGAAUGAGCUUCAGCAGCAGCAAGAGCUUUUACGCCAGCAAGAGAUGCUUCGUUUGCAGCAACAACAACAGGAACAAGAACGUUUACGUGUUCAAAUGAUGCAAGCACAAGAGCAGCAGAUGCAACAGUCCAGACUGCUGGAUGCUCAUUCCCAACUCGAGUACUUUAAAAAUCAACAUAUACAAGAUCGUCAGAUGGCUGAUCAGUACAGUCAGCGUGUUGCCAUGCUCGAGCAACAAAUUGCUCAGUUGAAUCUAACAAACACUGCCGGAUCUGGAAAAGAUUCUACCAUUCAAAGACUAAACGAAGAAAAUGCCCAGUGGAAGCAAAAGUACGAGGCUUUGGCAAAGCUAUAUGCUCAGUUGAGAAAAGAGCAUCUAGAUUUGCUUCAGAGAUUUAAAACUUUUAAAGAUGCAGGUGGAAAAAUCACUGAUGAGGCUCGUCGUGAAAGCGAAAAGGUCAAGGCUGAACUAAAGGCAAAAUCGAAUGAACUUACCGAGGUGGUAAUUGAGCGCAACCGACUCAAGGGCGAUACAGAUCGUAUUCGUGUCCAGUACGAAGAGGAAAUUUCUCGUCUUCGCCGCGAAAUCCAAGAAAAUAAAGCUGCUCUUACUGACAUAUCCUUAUCCAAAGGAGCUGAAGUGCAGUCCCUUGUUGCCCGGUUUACUGCAGAACAAACUCAAUUGGAAAACAUUAUUCGUGCUAAACAGCUUGAAGCAGAAGAGAUGCGCCAGAGGCUUGAUGAUCUUCUUGUCACGGUUGAACGUAACAAGAUGGCCAAUGAAGAAGAGGUAUCGGUGUUACAGGCUGGGUUGGAUCAAGCCUUGUUGGUUCUUUCUCAACACCAGCAGCAAAGUCAACAAGGGCUUCUUACACGAGACGAUGAGAUUGGAAAAUUGCGCAAUGAGCACCGAAUGUUACUGUAUCAAAUGAUGGACAAUGUACUGCAAACAUGCAGUACCACUGUCAUGGAGUCUGUGUAUGAGCUUGAAAGUGCAGCGCAUGAAGGAAACCAGUCUGCUACUGCAGAAUAUGUGUUGACAUUGAUAGAAAAAGCUCAGCAAAAUUGUGGCGAGUUUUGUGUGAGUUUUGUUCGAUUGGUCAACGGUGGUGAUCCAAAAGAUGCUAUCAGUACAUCGAGUAUGCUGGCUCAGUCUGUGUCGCAGCUGUUGUAUAACGGAAAAGGAGUUGCGCGUCAUUCUCCCGAAGACCAAGAAGCCGAUGAAGUGAUCGAGAUGCUACGGAUGGGUGCAAAUGCCACGAUUGACUUUUUUAACCAAGUCAAGUCUACAGCAAUGGGAGCAAUUUCACCUCAACAUCAACCAGAGCGAAUUGUUGAGUUGUCGCGAUCUACCCAAGCACAAGUUGGACGUGUAGGACCAUCCAUGGAAAAACGUGUUGGGUCCAAACUGGACGGGAAGCUGGGUGAUGGCGAUCUUGGUGAUGCAGUUGAGAGAGAAAUGGGACAAGCAGCACAAGCGAUUGAGGCUGCUGCUCGCCGUCUUCAAGAGCUUCUUGCAUUACAAUCUGGACCUGAUCUUCAAGUUCAUUCGGCAAUUCUUCAAUCAGCCAUGGCCAUCACUACAGCAAUUGCCAAUCUUAUCCGAUGUGCAACAGCCAGCCAACAAGAGAUUGUGGCACAAGGAAAGGGCACAUCGUCGCUAGUAGCAUUUUACAAAAAGAACAACAAAUGGACAGAGGGACUCAUUUCAGCAGCACAAGCUGUAGCACAGGCAACAACGUAUUUGGUGGAAAUGGCAGAUGGGUUAGUUCAAGGCACAAAAUCGUGGGAACAACUUGUUGUAGCAGCGCAAGAAGUUGGUGUUGCGACAACACAACUUGUGGCAGCAGCACGAGUCAAAGCCAUUGCGUAUAGUAAAACGCAAGACCGACUAGAAGCAGCAGCUCAAGCAGUACGCGAAGCAACAAAGUUGCUGGUCAGAGCAGCCAAAGAGGCGGCUAAAUUGUCAGCAGAAUCCAAGGCUCAAAUGGAUGUAAAGACGAUAGGAAAGCAUGAAGCCAAAGUGCGAGAGAUGGAGCAGCAGGUAAAAAUUCUGGAAUUGGAAAAGGAUCUGCAAACAGCUCGUUACCAGUUGGGCGAGAUGCGUAAGCGAGGAUAUCAUGAGGAUGAAUGAAAUGAGUUUUGUUUAUUG